AACCAAUGACCUUCUUGCUGGGAGGCAACACUGCUACCCACUUCACCAUUAUGUGACCUCUUUUUUUCAGUUUUUAGUUGUUAUAUUUGCAACUAUCAAGCAAUGUUCACAGGUCAUUAAGAUGGAUGUAAUUACCUGCCAGUAGGAGCAUAUUAAUGGCUGGAUAUCAAGUCAGUGCAGUAAAAACCUGCACAUGUUGCCAACUCAGGACUCUUUGAGCCUUUUUCAAUUGAUUUCUCUGUCGGUGUGCUGCGGCCACAGAUUGAUUGCCUCUGGAAUCGGUGAGGUUGCAUUUCGUGAGUCUGGAAUUGACUGCCUACGUCUGAUCUAUUUCCAUUGCUCAAGUGUGAUUAGGUUUAAUGUGUGUGUGCGCGCGCGUGUGUGUUCUUCCAUCACAGUCAGACAGAUUGUACUUAAGCAAAUUAAGAGCUCUUGGGAGGAUUAAAAAGUUCUCUCCAGGGGUGAUUGGAUUGUAUGUGUCAAAGAGUCCAAGCAGGGAUGGGGGUGAGCAAGAAGAGAUGUGAUCUCUUACAUGAUCAGCUAACAGUGCCUCUGUCUACUGGUGGUAAACAUGCUGGCAGCACUACAUCUAAAUCCAGUGUCAGCUGUGGAAGGAGCAACAACCAAAGCGCGCCUGCGAGUGUCAGUAAAGUCGGUGGCAGCUUGAAAAGAAGCAGCCUCAGCCACCAAACCACCGUUGGUCACCGGGGUUCCAGACAUGGAUCUCGUACAGGGAAACCAUCUUUCCGCCUCUGCGGCAGCCGGAGCUUCUCGUCCCUCCACACCACCUCUCUCACUGCUGCCCCGUUCAUAAGAAGCAGCCGUUCCCUCAGCAGACUUGACCAAAGACCCACUGGACAAGAGUCACACAAUGCAGUUCCAGGCUCAAAAGUUAAAGGAGGGCAAACAUCAGGCAAGAAAAUGCAGGAGUCUACCUCUGAGGAGCAAAUCAGGGAUAAUAAAGACCAGUGUCGUGUUGAUGUGGAGAAAAUGAAAACAAGCUGCUCCUCUGAACUACCCGAGUCUUCCUCAUCACCAUUAACUGCAACUUAUCACCAGUGCAACAAAGUAAAGACCGAAGAUGAUGCGUACACACUCUGUGCGAUGACCUCUGGGGUCAUGAGACACAACUGGGUCCAAGCAUUGUUGAAGAAUGUGAAGCCCAGUCUUACACCUGAAGUCACAACUACCCUUUCAGCCCAGACAGCACAUCAGCAAGCUGAAUUUGGGUUGAAAUGUGAAAACGACUGUAUGCAAGAGCACAGGACUGGUGACUUAGCAGAAGAUUCACAUCAACAAGAGGACAAACUGAAGUCAGAGAAAGGGCAGCGUUCUGCAGAUGACAGCUCACCUCUGCCUCCUAUCAGUCCUCCUCUACAGGUGGAAGAUGACCACUGUCCUUCCUGUCACCAGUGUCCACUUCUUGUGGAAACCUCACAAACUGAUUUAGGGAGUGAAAGCCUCGUCAUACCUGAGUGCGUGACAGAGAGGGAAACCCUGCCUUGUGAGGACCAACAGCAAACUGCUCAGCUCGUCAAAGAGCUGGAACAAACACUGAGGGAACUGUCUCGACUUGAGCAGUUAAACAGGAAUCUGCAGGAUGAACUACAGCGUGAGAAAGAAAGACAAUCAGUUCAUCCGCAGAAUGAGCGUUCAAAUUCCUCUGAACAAGCUUUGACACUGCAACGACUGCAGAAGAUAAACACUGACCUUCACCUUGAGCUGGAGGCACAGAAGAGGAGUCAGGAGGAGACCAGAGAAGCUGAACUUCAGCGGAGAGCAGAUCUCUUAGCGCAACAAGCCCAGUUACUGGUCACGGGUGACGCCACUGCACUUGCACAAGCUCAUCUAGAGCAAGAUCGACAGCGGUUCUGUGAGCAGCAGAUGAAGUGGGAGCAUUCUGUGUCCUCCCUGAGGUCCCAGCUGAGCACCAGCGAGGAGCGGAGGAGGGAGGCUGAGUCCCGCCUGACACAGCUGCAGCAGGAGAUGCAGAGUUUUUACAGUCUCCAGCUAGAGGCGGAACAGUUGCAGAAACAUCUUCACGAGGUGAAAACUAAGCUGUGCUCUAAUGAGGAAGCCCAGGCUGAAAAAGAGGCCCGUCUGCAGAAGCACCUCAUGCUCCUACAAGCAAGUCAGGACAGAGAACGAAGGAGCUUGGCUUCUAGUCUGGAGCAGGCUGAGCAACACUCACAAGAGCUUCAGGAGAGACUGGACCAUGCCGAGCAGCAGAUGGAGAGUCUGAGUAAAAGUCAGACCUGGACCAAAGAAAUUGAAGAGGUUCAGCAGCAGCUCCAAGAGGAGCUAUCACGCACAGUAUCUGCUGUGCAGAAACUUCAAGAGGAAAGAGAACAGCUUGAUCAACGGUGUCAAGAGCUGCAGGGUCAGUUAUCCGAGGCAGACGGGGAAGUGAGCAGGCUCCAGAGCCGCUUGAAAACAGAUGAGACGCAGUACUACAAUCUGGAGCAUUCAUAUGAGAGAGUUUGCGAGGAACUGCAGGUGGCUUUGGGGAAGGUGCAGCAGAGGGAGGCUGACAUGCAAGACAUACGUGAAGGAUACGAGAGACUCCUCGACAGGAAGGAGGAAGAGCUGAGUGAAGUUUUGCUGAAGAUGGAAGUCUUGGGUAAUAGCUUGGAGGAGACAGAAGUAAAGCUGAAUGAAGUGCUGAAAGAUUAUAACUGCGCCUCUUCUCAGACGAGGGUUGAGUUGUCAGAGCCUCCUCAUGUUGACAGACAGCAGGAAAUAACCACACACCUCACCUUAAAUGACAGGAGGCAAGAAGCAAUAGACAGUGGACAAACGGCUAUCAGCUCAAAUACCACUGAUAUUGUCCAGAUAAAUGGCAACCACUCUGAUGAACAUAUGAGAAAUAGGUCUCGAUCGAUUGACCCAUCGUACCAGUGUGUGAUUACUGCAGGAGAUGAACCAGAACGGUUCCUGUCUGUGAUUCAGUUACUUGAAAGUAAGCUUUAUGAGACAGAGGAGAAGCUAAAGGACAUCACACAAAGACUGGAGGAUCACCAGAGUCACAUCAGCUUCCAGGACCCUCACCUCUACUCCCAGCUCACUCAGUGCCGAGCCACUGCCCAGCACCUCAGUCUGCUGCUUCACAGUCAGGUCAAACAAAGCCAGCGCUUUGCCCAAGAGACAGAGAACCGCUGCAGAAUGUUGGUUGGCAGGUUUCACGUGGCUCUGAACAUCAUACAGGCCUGCAGAGAGAGGCUCCAUGCCACUCCCAUUAAUGUUGCACACUUUGAGAAGCAGCUUGCCACUGCCGCUGCUUGUCUCCAGCAAGGAGAGGACGAUGCACAGAAACAACAGCAUGAAUCCUAUAAUGCCAGCAAAGGAGAGGACAAAAUCCCCAAUGAUGAGACAUUAGCUGGAGCUCAUGGUGGCAUUAGUGCUAAAAGUAAAACAUCUACUUCAGAGGAUGACAUAACAAGUGUUCGGAAGCAUUUAAAGAGGGAAUUAUUUGUAGUUGAAAAAAUGCUAACGGUGCUUCAGAAUCAGCAUGGCAUCGUCCAACUAUCCUUAGUUGCAAGAGGAGAUGAGGUGAAUGUGGCACACAGAUACAAAAGCUUAAUCUCCCAAAGAUUAGCCUUAAAAGCAGAACACUCCAGGACAGCAGAAUAUAACAGCAACGAACCUUUGGAAAGUGCAUUUGGUAGAUUCUGUGCUGAAGGUGAGCUCAUUUAUGCUGCCUUAAAAUUUCAGCGACAGCACGAGAGUCUUACUCAAGUGAAUUAUCCACAAGGCGAGCACCAAAAGAAGGGCUUGGCAGAUAUCAAUCCUCCAGAGCUGGCUCCGUAUCAGGAGCAAGUGAUGGUGGAGGGCAGAGUUCCAGAGGAGGCUACAAAGCCAGAUAAAAGAGAGCAAUUACAGGAGAAAAAGGUGGAAGCUGAGAAACAACCAGAAUGGAUGGAAAGACUUAUAUCCCGGCUAAAAAGAAGGAGGAAGUUCUUAAACCAACUCUGCCAGGAAACGUGUGAGGAAUCAGUCGGUGAGAGCAGUAUGGACUCCAGCAGGGAAAAUGAUUCACAGCUGGACAUGAACUGGAUGCAGGAGCAGGUCAAGUUGACAUAUUUGUCAGACAGGCUGCACUUAGAUUUAGAACAGGAGCUGCAGCAAAGUGAGUUGUUACAGAACAAACUGCAAGAUCUGUUCAAAAAACGAGACACCACAUUAUUGAACGAACGGGCAGCUUUUAAUCACACCCUGUGUCAGCUUGAGGAAGUUAACAGCGUUCUAAGAGAAGAACUAGAGCAGGCUGAGCAAAAGAUUAUAUCUGCAGAGAUUGGGAACCAGAGGCUUCUGGAAGACAUACAGAAAAUCCAGGAUUAUCAUGAGGAGCGGAUGCAAAAACUGGAAGCAAAAUUUCAAGACAAAAUACAGGAACUUCAGCAGAUACACGAAGACGAGAUGAAACACUUGCAUGGUUACUAUACCAAAGAGAAACAGAGCAAAAGUUGCACAGAGGUUCCUGUUUUCAGUGAAAGUAACUCCUCCUCAGAGCAGACUGCAUGGAUGGGAGGAGGUGAUGGACUGGAGGUGAGAGCGGCCGGCCAGAAACAGCUCCAGAAACCUGAGAAUCAUAGCGUGUCUGCUAUGGAGGAAGUGCAUAGGAAGCUGAUUGGGGAGCUACUGCAGCAGCAUCAGGUGGAGGUGGCAGCGCUGCAGAAAGAAAAAGACCAGCUGCUGCAGCAGGAGACAGCUGCUACUUUGGCAGCUAUCGUAGCCAUGAGAAGAGCCCACAAACAGGAGCUCGAGAAAAGCAGACAGUCCCAGCAAGUCAGAGAGAGGGGAGACGUCACGCAGCUGCAUACUGAAUAUAAGACAGAGAUCCAGUCAUUGCACAAGGAGCUGGAGGUGUUGUCAGUUCAGCACACUCAGAAAUGCCUGGAAAACUCUCAGCUGAGCCAAGAACUUCAGGAUGAGAGAAGAUCCUUGGCACAGUAUCAAAAAGAAAACCAGGAGCUCAAAGAGAAACAGAGAGAGACAGAUGAAAUGUGUGAGCUACAGUUCCCGUUAAAUGGGAAACAAUCACAUGUAAACGCACAUCCAAAUGACUUCUAUGAGGUGGAGGUGAUUCUGAGGGCAAGAGAUGCAGAGAUACAGUUCCUCAGACAGGAGGCCUGUUCACUCAGGGAAGAGCUGAAGAUUGCUCGAAAGGACAAAUUAUAUGCCCAGAACAAGCUGAAGGCUCUCUGCAUGCACAACCAGGACGAGCCGCAUCAUCACAUCAACAAUCUCAGCGACAGUGUCAAGUUUGCCACUUGGUCUCCCGGCAGAGACGCAUCAGCACAGAGCCUCAAGGAUUCCAUGACAAACACAAGUGACGCUGCUUUUCAGAAGAAAACUGAACAAUUACCACUCCCAUGUAAGAAGAGAGGAGGGAGGUCAAAGAGUUUGAAAGAUGGACUUUCAGCCCAAGAGAGAAUGAAGCUCUUUGAGUCGUUUUGAUCA